AUGUCGGAGACUAUCUAUUGGUGCCCCAACUACCUGUGUUAUCUGUUUCCCAUUACCUGUGUCCCUGUCACCCUAUUACUUCUGUCCCCCCGCUGUCUGUGCCCCCACUACCUGUACCCCUAUUGCUUGUUUGCCCAUUGUCUGUGCUACCUGUUCCCCCACUACCCUUAUACCCCCGCUACCUAUUUGCCAAUCGCCCGUGCUACCUGUGCCCCCACUACCUGUGCGCGGGCGGAGACAGGAGGAGACAUGGGCAGCGCAGCCACGAAGCCAGAGAACCACAAAAAUAAAACCAUUUUCAUAAAACUUGUAAACAGUGUACAGAAGACGAAGAGAGUCUCCACGGCGCCCCCCGCCAGGCCGAUCUCCAGGGAGCACGACCUCAUGUGUUUCAACAGCAAGCGCGUGAUCGAGAUCGAGAAGUUCAAGUACGAGAUCGCUGACAUUCGCGACGCCUUCCUCACGCACCAGAAGACGCGCCAUGUUGACUUCACGAGACUCAGACCUGCAGUCACUCUACCAGCGACUUUCUUCUCGCCGGGGACAGUCAGGGAGCACGUGAUCACACUGCAACGAGAACCCCCGUCUUUCACAAAGUACAAACUGACAGCCGAGACCGUGGAGAACCUGAAGCAGCCUUCCUUCGACGUGUGGCAGUGGGAGCCUAAUGAGAUGCUGGUGUUGAUCGAGUACAUGUACCAGGACCUGGGGCUUAUGGAGGAGUUUUGCGUCACACCCCCCACGUUACGGAAUUUCCUGGUGUGUGUACAGGAGAACUACCGCAACAACCCCUUUCACAACUUCAGGCACUGCUUCUGCGUGACCCAGAUGAUGUACAGUAUGAUCCACCUCUGCCGCCUUCAGGAGAAACUCUCACGGAAGGACCUGGGUAUCCUGCUCACCGCCUGCGUCUGCCACGAUCUCGAUCACCCGGGAUACAAUAACUGGUACCAGAUCAAUGCCCGGACGGAGCUGGCGGUUCGCUACAACGACUCCUCGCCCCUGGAAAACCACCACUGCGCCGUCAGCUUCCGUGUCCUGGCCAAUCCCGAGUGUAACAUCUUCUCGAGUGUCCCUGAACAGCUCUUCAAGGAGAUUCGGGCCUGCACUCAGAUGAUCUUUUUCCACUAUGACAUUAUGUGGAUGAGGAAUGUAGUUAUGAAAGUUAUGCCAACGCGCGGAGGCUUUUAUACGGAGAAGGUAGUGGACGCGAAAGCCUUAUACUCAAUAUGGUAUAAGGAGGUAAUGCUAAGGAACAGGGAGUGUUUCGUGAUUUGUUACGCACAGAAGUAUGAGGCGUGUGACAUCUCCAACGAGGUGCGUCCAUCGAAAGUAGCUGAGCCUUGGGUUGACUGUCUGCUGGAGGAGUAUUUCAACCAAGCGGAGGAGGUGCUGGUGGUGCCCCUGCGCAGCGCCCGCGAGCACUACGAGCAGCUGAAGGAGCAGGAGGAGGAUAUGCGCCGGCUGAACCAGAACAAGAGCAUCGCCUAG